AAUAUCGAAUCGUCGCAGUCUUAAUUCAACUACCAUAGAUAAAGAAUCGAAAGUGUUAUAAUGCCGAGAGGAAGUCAACCAUUACCUAAUAACUUCCUUGACAGAGGUGUCUUGGACAAGUACAUGGUAUUGCCACUAUCCGAAGACACGAUUCACGCUACAUACGUUUGGAUAGAUGGUACCAAAGAACAUUUACGGUGCAAAACUCGUAUUAUCAAAUUCGUACCGAAAAGUCCUGCUGAUCUCCCACUGUGGACUUAUGAUGGUGCUUCCACAUUCCAAGAACAUGAAACGUUUUCCGAUAUUUAUCUGCAUCCAGUAGCCAUAUACAAGGACCCUUUUCUAGGCGGAAGUAGUAUUUUAGUGCUGUGUGAAACGUAUUACAAGUAUAAUGAUCAACCGACCGAAUCAAAUAAACGAAAAUCUUGUUUGGAAAUUGUUAAAAAGUGUGUGAAAGAUGAUCCUUGGUUCGGAUUCGAACAGGAAUAUUGCUUGCUCGGUAUGGAUGAAAGACCAUUUGGCUGGCCAGUAAUGGGAUACCCUUCUCCGCAAGGGCCCUAUUACUGUGGCGUUGGAACCCAUUUUGUUUUCGGACGACAAAUAGCAGCAGCUCAUUUAAGAGCUUGUCUCUAUGCCGGAAUAAAAAUCUAUGGGACGAAUGGUGAACGCAUGGCGUCGCAGUGGAAAUUCCAGGUUGGACCAUCCGAUGGAAUUUCCGUUGCCGAUGAUUUGAUCAUGUCGCGAUUCAUUCUGCACAGACUUUCUGAGGAAUUCGGUAUUAUGGCCAGUUUAGCUCCGAAACCAGUAUCUGGUGAUUGGCAUGGAUCUGGCUGUCUCACAGACGUUUCAACGAAAGCAAUGCGACAGCCGGGUGGUAUAAAAGAAAUUGAAAAUGCUAUCGGCAAAUUAUCAAAACGUCACGAAAAGCACAUUGCCGUAUACGACCCACAGCAAGGCAAAGACAAUGCGCUUCGCCUGAUAGGAAUAUUUUGUACAAGUCCAAUUGGUGAAUUUAGUUCGGGUGUCGACACCCGCGAAGCAUCAGUUCGAAUUCCUAGAAGUGUUGCUGACACUGGUUCAGGAUUCUUCGAGGACAGACGACCUAGCUCCAAUUGCGAUCCUUAUGCCGUUAUGGAGAUAAUGUUGAGGACAAUUUGUCUGGAUGAAUAAAAAAAUCGUAAUUUUUAGGCGUUAUAGAGUUAUUGUACAAAUUAUAGAGGUAAUAGGGUAGUUUUAAUGGAAAUUAAUGGAGUGCUUAUCAAUUGACAAUAAACGUUUCAUCACUUUGCUGCGACUGCUGACUUCAUAGAGUAAAUAACCAAUAGUUAUUUCGCAAUAAGUCCACGAAAAUUAUUCACGGUGGGGCUGAACGAAUUUUAAAUAAACGAGUAAGUUUCCGAGAACCAGCACCAGCGUCAGCAAGGACUUGUGAAACAGUGAGGACUUAAGACUUACAUUGGAAUUGGUAAUGGAACAAAUUCUAAGAUUUACAAUGUGAAAAUUACUUCUCUCAAUAAUUUCUUCAUGGAGCAAUAGCAGCUGAAAAUCAAAAUUUCACCAUGCUGAAAGACUGAAAUCUCCUUUACGAAGCAACAGAGGAAGCCUGUAAAUCGAAGUUUUCUGUUACAUUUUUACAAAUUGCACUUUUAGACUACCGUCGACGAACUUUGGCCGCUUGAAUUCAAGUGAUGAUUUAUUUCAAUAUUUAAAUGAAAGCGAACCCCAGAAAAUUCAUCUACUUCAUAUGUCCACAUCAAAAUUAUUUUGUAAAUUUUUAUUUUGAAUGUUGUAUUGCUUCGGUGGUGUUCCGAACAUUGAAAUAAUUUUUUAUGCAUGACGAUUGCAAGUUACUUGACAAUGAAAUUGAAAUUUGGAAAUAAAAUUUUUGUUUUACGCGCCCUGACGAGAUUUGAACCCCAGACCUCUUGCGUAUGAAGCAAGCGUUCUACGUAUCAAACCACAGGACUGAAC